AUGUUGACAUCGCCACUCGUUUUACUUGCCUCACUCGGUGCUGGUCUUGUCCAGGCACAGCAAAAUACUCUUGAUGAUUUGUUCGUCGAAAAUGCGCCCUCUUCGCCGCGUCCCUACGUCAUUCCUCACUAUGCCAACUCGCACUCCGUGACGAUUGGUCCUCAGCUCUACCGAUUCCCCGUCACCGGUCCGUCUUCGGGUUAUGCCUUCACCCUCAUGGGCACCAAUGCGCCUUCAAGUGGGAAUCUAGGCGUGCUGCCUCACAUUCACCGCCGGCAUUAUGAGAACUUUUUCGCCCUGAAGGGCCGGUUCCAACUGUGGGCUCAAAAGGACGGCAACGAACAGCAGGGUCGUCUGCUCACUCAGGGCGACUUUGGUUCCGUCCCCGCAACACCACCCACACCUUCCAAAUGCUGGAUCCUGAUACCGAGAUGGGAUUUGUUCUACGCCCUUGGCACCAACUAUAGUUCUGGAACGGACACCGCAUAUGUGCCCAGUGUCUCUCAUGGACCUGGUACUCCCAGUAGCUAUAUCAUGUCUCAGUUGCAAAGAUACGAUGUUUAUCCUGAGACCUUUAAGGCUCGCCGUGAUUUCGUCAAUGGAUCUGCCCCUUCCCACAAUACUGUGUGGCACACUGGCAGUAAUGAGCUCGGUGCACCUGCAAAGCCCUACUUCUUAGCUGGCGGCUAUGGUCCUAAGUAUCUCAACUCUGACCAUGGAUACCAGAUCAUCCAACCACUCGUCGAGCCCAAACAGGCCCAGGACCUCAACUAUACUAUCUCGACUAUUUCGCUCAGUCGUCAGACCAAGAAUAGCCCACCUUCGUAUACUCUAGACGGGGCAGCUGCCUUUGAAGUUGCGGAGGGUGCUCUGUCUAUCCAAAUUGGCGAUUUCCCUUUGGUAACUAUUAUGACAGGUGACGUGGCUUUCAUCCCUGCGCAGGUGCCUUUCACUUACUACACCGAGACGGCCUUUACCAAGGUACUUUUUAUCGCCAGCGGCAACAACAGUCUUGAUCAGCAGUUGAUCAAUGGUGGAAAUAAAUGGGACUGGGUUACUUUCCCAAGUACUAAGCAUACCUAG